AUGGCCCAAGAUUCUCACAUCCCGGAAGCUAUUAGAAUGGUCUUGAUGGGCCCACCAGGCGCUGGUAAGGGUACCCAAGCUCCAAACUUAAAGGACAAGUUCUGUGUAUGUCAUUUGGCAACCGGUGACAUGUUGAGAGCACAAGUUGCCAAGAAAACUCCUCUAGGAGUGGAGGCUAAGAAGAUUAUGGACCAAGGUGGCCUUGUUUCCGACGAGAUUAUGGUUAACAUGAUCAAGGAUGAGUUGACUAACAACGCGGAGUGUAAGAAUGGUUUCAUUUUGGAUGGUUUCCCAAGAACUAUUCCUCAGGCUGAAAAGCUUGACGCAAUGUUGAAGGAACAGAACAAGCCGCUGGACAAGGCUGUUGAGUUGAAGAUUGAUGAUGAGUUAUUGGUUGGAAGAAUUACCGGUAGACUGAUCCACCCAGCUUCAGGUAGAUCAUACCACAAGAUUUUUAACCCUCCUAAGAGAGAGAUGACUGAUGACGUCACUGGUGAGCCAUUGAUUCAAAGAUCCGAUGACAAUGUCGAGGCCUUGAGAAAGAGAUUGGAUGCCUACCAUGCCCAAACUGAACCAAUUGUCGAGUUCUACAAGAAAACUGGUAUUUGGGCCGGCAUCGAUGCUUCUCAAUCUCCAAGUACUGUUUGGUCUGACAUUCUAAAGGUUUUGAGAAAGUAG